GUUCAGUUCUAUCCGUUCUGUAUUAGAGAAUCAUGUCGGGCCAACUACCAGCAACAUUUGUGAAGGGCUUCCACAAUGAGGAGCUAGUGCGUCGCAUGGAAUAUCGUCCUCUGGGCAACACAGGACUAAGGGUGUCCAAAAUCGCUUUGGGUGGAGCCACAUUGAGUGCGUUGUUCGAUAGCAAAUUCGAUCGUGAGGAGGGCAUCAAAACUGUGCAUGAGGCCAUCAAAUCGGGAAUCAAUUAUAUCGAUACGGCUCCCUUCUAUGGACAGGGCAAGUCGGAGGAAUUGCUUGGUGAAGCCUUAAAGGAUGUGCCACGGGAGGCUUAUUACAUAGCCACCAAAGUGGCUCGCUAUGAACUGGAUCCUAAUCUAAUGUUCGAUUACACAGCCGCCAAGGCUCGGGCAAGUGUUCAGAAGAGCUUAAAACUCCUGGGCCUGGAUGCUGUCGAUGUCCUGCAAGUGCAUGAUGUGGAUGCAGCUCCCAGUUUGGAUAUGGUAUUAAAUGAAACUAUACCAGUCCUGGAAGAUUAUGUAAAACAAGGCAAGGCACGCUUCAUAGGCAUCACUGGUUACGAUGUUGAUGUCCUGAAGGAGUGUGCCGAACGGGGCAAAGGACGUAUUCAUUUGGUCCUCAAUUAUGCUCGCUACACUCUGCUGGACAACACACUUCUGCGUCACAUGAAGGCCUUCAAGGAGCUAAAUGUGGGUGUCAUUUGUGCGGCUGCCCAUGCUCUGGGUCUGCUCAGCAAUGGUGGCCCACAAGUCUGGCAUCCCGGCAGUGAAGAGCUCCAAGCUGUGGGUCUCCGUGGUGCCGAAAUUUGCAAGCAACGCGGCGUGGAACUAGGAAAAUUGGCCAUGUACUACACCAUGCAAUUGGAUGGUGCUGCUACCUUCCUUAUUGGCAUUCCCAAUCGUCGUCUGCUCCAGAUCAACCUGGAUGCAAUUUUCAAUGGACUCACAUCGAACGAACAGGAAGUCUUGCAGUAUCUACGUGAAAAUGUCUUUACAAAAUCCUACAGUUGGGGUUCCACUCUAUCUACUGUGAAUAUGUUUAAGUGAUUGAACAUCCAGAUCAUGUGUAAAUUUAAAACUGAAUAUGGACUAAUUUAUUGUUAUAUGUAUUUUAUUCUGGAAAAUGAAAUAAAAAAAUAAUCAAUCUA